CUCCGGUCCAGGAGGUGGCGCUAAGCUCCAGUGACGUGUUUGUAGUCCUCCAGUAAAACCACAGAAGAAGAAGAAGACGACGGUCAUCACACGUCCUUCAGCCGCUGAAGAGCUCCACGUUAAACACAUUCAACAAUAAACCACAGACUCUGAUCCGGAUCAUGGCGGUCCAGGUGACCGAGUCCGACCAGGUGAAACAGUUUAAGGAGUUCCUGGGGACCUACAACAAGGUGACGGAGAACUGUUUCAUGGACUGUGUGAAAGACUUCACCAGCAGGGAAGUGAAGCCAGAGGAGACCAGCUGCUCUGAGUCUUGUCUCCAGAAGUACCUGAAGAUGACUCAGCGGAUCUCCAUGAGGUUCCAGGAGUACCACAUCCAGCAGAACGAGGCUCUGGCUGCUAAAGCCGGACUCAUGGGACCAGCUCACUGACCCGGUCUGGACCAGGGUCCCUGUGUUGGAGGGAUGACGUUACACCUCUUUAAAGCUGGAGUGAAGCUGUGCCUCCUACAAGGAUCUCAAUGCAUCAUGGGAGAUGUGGAACACAAACAGACUUUAAUAUUUAAUGUUGAAUCAUCUUUUUUUUUAGUAAAUGUCACAUUUUUCUUUUUUCUGGAAAUAAAAUCUGAUUUGUUUAUAAAAAAAUGUUUCAGGAGUUUUGAACUUAAACAUUUCACAUCGUAAUGAAACCUGGUCCUCUAGAGCAGUGAUUUUCAACUGCUGUGCCGCAGCACACCAGUGUGCCAUGAGAGAUCGUCAGCUGUGCCGUGGGAAAAUGUCCAAUUUCAUUUAAUGAGUCCAAAAAAACA